AGGUAACUCGGUUUGGUGAACUCGGGACGCAUGAACUCUUUAUCUCAUGCACUGAAGCUGCUAAAGAUACGGCUUUCAGUGGGAAGGAUCUGUGGCAAUGCAGAGUGGGGAUCUGGUACUACAAAACAGCAGUAGCGUCAGCUAUGGAGAACAACACAGAAAAUACAGAGGAGGAGAAGCCGAUUGUAAGCAACGAGAACACAGACAAUAGCGCCGAAACAGCAACAGAAGAACAGCAGAUGGACUUCAGUACAGAAAUUAUAGGUGUCACUGAGAUGGAACAAUCACCUGAUAGUUCCCCUGACCUGAAUGCAGAGAACAUGCAGGAGAGUGGAAUUCCAGAUAUCGAAAGUUUACAGACAACAGAUAUUGAGGCUGGCUUUCCUCCAGAUUUUGACAAGUUCUGGAAAGUAGUAGAGGACAAUCCCCAGGAUUUCACAGGAUGGGUAUAUCUACUACAGUACGUAGAGCAGGAGAACCACUUACCAGCUGCCAGGAAAGCAUUUGACAGGUUUUUCACACAUUAUCCAUAUUGCUAUGGAUAUUGGAAAAAGUAUGCAGACCUUGAGAAGCGACAUGACAACGUUAAGCAGUCUGAUGAGGUUUAUCGCAGAGGGCUUCAGGCAAUUCCUCUUAGUGUUGACCUUUGGAUACAUUAUAUAAACUUCUUAAAAGAGACCUUGGACCCUGCUGAUCCUGAAACAAACAGUACAAUUCGAGGGUAAGUUGAACGCAGACUAAGUGAUACAGGAAGCCUGUAUGUACGUUAUGUAGCAGUAUAAUCAGAUUAAUAUGUUUAAGAUGAGGGGCAAGCUAGUUACUGAAGUUACCGUAAGGACUUUUAGGAGAUGAUGGAGCCAUAUUCCCUAACAAUGAGUGGACAGUACAAUGUGGUACCAGGGUCAGAAGUUGUGACUUGAGUUUCAGACUAGUCAUGAAAUGCUUUGUGCAGUAUUCUGUGGGGAACUGGAGCAGGAUCUCUGUAGAAUUUUUUGCAGUUCAAUAUCUUGGAGGUUUUCAAAGUAUGGCAAGAAUGUGUCUGACCUCACCUGUUGCUGGUUAGCUUAUCUAGACAUCUUAUGUACGGACUGAGUGAGGACAAGAAUUCUUUUCUUUGCAGAGUUACCACGUAAUCUGGUUCAGUUUGGCUUUGAGGGAUCAGUUAAACAUACAUUUCUUUUGCAAAGAAAUGAUUCAUUUGUAUUAAGUGGGGUAAUUGAAUAAAUGUGAAUGUAAUUCUUUAUAUGGAAUAAACUGUUCAUCUUGCAUAAGAAAGCUGUGUCAGUAUUUGGUGAGAGGCAGGGUGAUGUGGUGAUUAGUAAGUGGCCUUUAUACGUGCAUGUAUAAAGCACUCGUCUUGACUGAGUGCUGCCUUAUGCAUCUGGGGUGAUGCAGAUUAAGGGCAAGAAGAUGAUUGUCAUUGAAAAGGUAAGCCUGUCCUGAAAGGAGAAUGAAGUUUGUGUGGUUUUCUAUUUUAACAUUGCAGUCUUAAACCUGAAAUCAGUUAGGUUUUCCAAAAUCAGCAAUCAUAAUGUGCAGCUCCUGUGUGUCAUGUGUUAACAGCAAUUAAUUG